CUACGCAGACAAGGUUUGUAUUUAAACUCCAGAGCAGUGAAUGGAAAAGUUUCUUUGCAUCAGGGGUACCCGUAUAAACAAGGAAGAGCUCCGAGUUGUAUGAUGAGAAAGUAUAUAUCGCUUAAAAAUAGCUGUUUAAAAUUGAUCGUAGUGAUUUGAAUGCUCAAACAUUCACGACUUGAUCACAUGCAAGGUUUUAGCUUCCUGAUCUCCCAUGAAAGGUAUUCGCUAGUCAUACAUAUCCAUGUAUAUAGGGGUUUAACAAACAACUUUUCAGUCGAAUCCGGUUAACUUUGGAUGAAUACCCACUUUUUGUGUAUAUACGGGCCUGUUUUACAUCACAUGAUCGUUUGUCCCGGAAAACCAGGACAUAUUUUUGGUGUCGUUGUCACGUAUCUGUAGGUCUGUCUCUGCUAUCUGGCCAUAGAUCGUGUAUUUCUGCCCCUGAGAUCAUCCAGCAACGGGUGGAUAUAUUAGUGCACUGUUAGGGGGUCACGGGCAGCGUCGCUUUGUAGAGACCCAAACGUCACACGUGUAGUCACACGGGCGUGUCAGUACGCGUAACGGCAUACAUAUCUAAUGUGUAACCUUCACUUAGAGAGGCUGUUCAAGUUUCAAGCAGGUCACUGGACCAUUCACCGACCUCAUUUCACCCGCUGAUGAACAAUGCUUAGUUACUGAUCAGAGUAUAAUCUCUCUGAUAUCAACAUCAUCACAAGGUCUAUGAGCUGAAGGAUCAGAUAUGGCGCUUCUCAUCAGAUGUGUGGCUUUCUUCGUAACAGUAUCAUCAACGUCCGCAUUUGUCAGCAAUGCUCUUAAUUUCACCGUACUCGGAGAUUUCGGCGGAAUCUCGUUUUUCCCGUAUCAAUCACCCUUCGAACAUGCCGUGGCAACCCAGAUGGGAAUCUUCGUUCGGGACCACGGUAGCCAAUUCAUCCUCGCCCUGGGGGAUAAUUUCUACUGGAAAGGUGUAAAAGAUGUCGAUGACCCAAGAUUUGAGCAAACAUUUGAGUCUGUGUUCAAGAACCCAUCGUUGCAGAUUCCUUGGUAUGUGUUGGCCGGCAACCACGAUCAUUACGGGAAUGUUUCAGCUCAGAUAGCCUACACCAAGAAGUCCAAGCGAUGGAAUUUCCCUGAACUCUACUACUCCCUGUCAAUGCCAAUACCAGGCUCCACCUCUUUUGUUGACAUCAUCAUGAUUGACACUGUCACUCUUUGUGGCAACACCAAAUCAGACGCAAGCUCUGAACCGCCGUCGGAGCCUGAUGACGUUCAAUUAGCAGAGGAUCAGUGGGCGUGGCUAGAGUCAAAGCUGCAGUCUAGCAAAGGUUUAUACCUGGUGGUAGCUGGUCAUUUCCCGGUGUGGUCAAUCUCUGAGCAUGGACCAACCAAAUGUCUGGUGGAUCGACUGAUGCCCAUGUUACACAAGUACAACGCCACAGCAUACCUGAACGGCCACGACCACAAUCUUCAGCACCUGGAGUACAGUAUGUUAAACACAACGGUGGACUACUAUGUCAUUGGUGCUGCUGAUGUGGUAGACCCCAGCACGAAGCAUAUCAACGACGUUCCCACGGGCUCUCUGAAGUACCAUGGCGCAAAUAUCCUCACGUUAGGAGGAUUCGCCUUCGUGCAAGCGGACAUGAAAUCGAUGAAUUUGACCUUUGUGGAUGCUGAAGGCGCCUUGUUGUAUUCCCAUGCAAUGCUACCCCGUGUUUAGGUAUACGCAUAUUUAAGGCGUGAAUUCACCAUGUGGUGUUUGUUACUGUGACGAAUUUUGAUUGAUGUAACGUUAAACUAAUCCAAUUGACUUUUGAACAGUCAAAUUUCAGUCACCAACUGUACAAAGCGCUAAUCCAUCAUGACGUCGGACUGAUGGUCCUGGGGGGUCUACGAUCAUACUCUUUACAGCGCAUGUGCUGCUCUCUAUGCUCGAUAUAGACAAGCGACCACUGCGAACACCAUACAAGUUUGACCUUUGGAGACUGUGAGACGCACAUAGAUUUGUUCAGGCCUAGCUUCACCACUAGUGUCCUCGCGGGGAAAUACUUCAUCAUUGAAUUGGUUCAGGUCUUGGUUGGAAUCGUGUGGCAGAUAAUUUUAAAUAAAUAGAACGCGUGUGUGAAGUAUUAUUAGAUACAAUGGUUGACGCAGUACUUUUUGUGGUUUGUGACACCCAUCAUCGUGACCUCAGUGUUGCUCAAGAUUUCUGUACAAAAUUUGGUAUAGUGAUGGCAGUAUAUUAAAUGUGAACUAAAACUGCAGCUGUUAUAUUUUGACUUUGGAGAACUGCAUUGGUUGCUGAUUGUGGUUAAAAUUUUAAAUAUAAAAUCUGACUUCACACUAGUAUUAACUAGUACACCUUCGAACAACUGGGCCCAGAACUAUUAGCACCGGCCAAAUGAUAGGUGACAAAACUACAGGAAUUGUAUUAAUGUGGUUCAGAAAGAAUAAUAUGUCUCUGGCUUGCACAUACGAGCUAUUAACGAAUAAAUCUUCUUCACAAAAACGGGCCUUCAUUUGUGAUUACUGCCAAUGGAAGAUUCACAAUAUUUGCUACAAAGUCUAGUUUCUAUUCUGAAUGUGUACAUUCGGUGGUUUUAUAAUAAAAUACUGGGUUCCACUAUGA